CUACGGAACUGCCUCUAUAUAAACAACUUUUUCUAGGGUUUGGUGUUGCGUAGAUAGCCUCAACUAUAACGCGUGUGGAGCAGAGAGAGACGCAGCCAUGGGGAGAAGACCCGCUAGGUGUUAUAGACAAAUUAAAAACAAGCCAUACCCCAAGUCCCGUUUCUGUCGUGGUGUUCCGGAUCCCAAGAUCAGAAUUUAUGAUGUCGGCAUGAAGAAGAAAGGUGUAGAUGAGUUUCCUUUCUGUGUCCAUCUGGUAAGUUGGGAGAAGGAAAAUGUGUCGAGUGAGGCAUUGGAAGCUGCCCGCAUUGCUUGCAACAAGUACAUGGCAAAGUUUGCUGGAAAGGAUGCUUUCCACUUGAGGGUCCGAGUGCACCCUUUCCAUGUUCUUAGGAUCAACAAGAUGCUUUCAUGUGCCGGAGCUGAUAGGCUCCAAACUGGAAUGAGAGGUGCUUUUGGAAAGCCACAAGGUACUUGUGCUAGAGUGGCAAUCGGGCAGGUCCUCCUCUCUGUCCGCUGCAAGGACAGCAACAGCCACCAUGCACAGGAGGCUCUUCGCCGUGCCAAGUUCAAAUUCCCUGGUCGUCAAAAGAUUAUUGUUAGCAGGAAAUGGGGUUUCACCAAGUUUAGCCGUUCUGAUUAUAUCAAGUUCAAGUCAGAGAACAGAAUUGUGCCAGAUGGUGUUAAUGCAAAGCUUCUUGGAUGCCAUGGACCAUUGGCCAACCGCCAACCUGGAAGAGCUUUUCUGAACAGUGCUACUGCUUAAGUCUGUGUCUGUUAUAUUAAGUGUUAGAGAUUGAAUUAUAGUAGUUUUGCAAAAUUUAAUCUGUUAUUUUGUCAGUACACUCCAUUAAACUGAGUUGAGUUCAUUUGGUUUUGUCAGAACCUCUUGUAUUGGUUAUUUUAAUGUUAUAUUUUGUUAUGAUAUUUUA